UCGUGGGGGCGGGCACUGUUGGGGGGCGGAAGGAGCCGCAGGAAUGGCGGCGGCCCAGCCGCUCGUUCUGUUGGUGCUUCUGCUGCUGUGGCCGGGCGGCUGGGGCCAUGCAGAGGCCCCACGCGACAGCCUGCGGGAGGAGCUCGUCAUCACCCCGCUGCCUUCUGGAGAUGUAGCAGCCACAUUCCAGUUCCGCACGCGCUGGGAUUCGGAACUGCAGCGGGAAGAAGUUUCUCAUUAUAGGCUCUUCCCCAAAGCCCUGGGGCAGUUGAUCUCCAAGUAUUCUCUCCGGGAGCUGCACCUGUCACUCACACAAGGCUUUUGGAGAACUCGAUACUGGGGGCCACCCUUCCUGCAGGCCCCCUCUGGUGCAGAGCUCUGGGUCUGGUUCCAAGACACUGUCACUGAUGUGGACAGAUCUUGGAAGGAGCUCAGCAACGUCCUCUCGGGGAUCUUCUGCGCCUCUCUCAACUUCAUCGACUCCACCAACACGGUCACUCCCACUGCCUCCUUCAAACCCUUGGGGCUGGCCAAUGGCACCGAUCACUACUUCCUGCGCUACGCUGUGCUGCCGCGGGAAGUGGUCUGCACCGAGAACCUCACCCCGUGGAAGAAGCUCUUGCCCUGCAGUUCCAAGGCAGGCCUCUCCAUGCUGCUGAAGGCCGACCGCCUGUUCCACACCAGCUACCACUCCCAAGCAGUGCACAUCCGCCCUGUUUGCAGAAAUGCUCGCUGUACCAGCGUCUCCUGGGAGCUGAGACAGACCCUUUCCGUUGUGUUCGACGCCUUCGUCACGGGGCAAGGGAAGAAAGACUGGUCCCUCUUCCGGAUGUUCUCCCGAACCCUCACGGAGCCCUGCCCCCUGGCUUCAGAGAGCCGAGUCUACGUGGAUGUCACCGGCUACAGCCAGGACAAUGAGACUUUGGAGGUGAGCCCGCCCCCGCUCACCACGCACCGGGACGUCAUCCUGGGCACUCAGAGGACCUAUGCUGUCUACGACUUGUUCGACAAGGCUGUGAUCAACAGCUCCCGCAACCUCAACCUCCAGCUCAAGUGGAAGAGACCCCCGGACAAUGAGGCCCCGCCAGCGCCCUUCCUGCACGCGCAGCGGUACGUGAGCGGCUACGGGCUGCAGAGCGGGGAGCUGAGCACGCUGCUGCACAACACCCACCCGUACCGGGCCUUCCCCGUGCUGCUGCUGGACACCGUGCCCUGGUUCCUGCGGCUGUACGUGCACACCCUCAGCAUCACCUCCAAGGGCAAGGAGAACAAACCAAGUUACAUCCACUACCAGCCGGCCCAGGACCGGCUGCAGCCCCACCUCCUGGAGAUGCUCAUUCAGCUGCCCGCCAACUCGGUCACCAAGGUCUCCAUCCAGUUUGAGCGGGCUCUGCUCAAGUGGACCGAGUACACCCCGGACCCCAACCACGGCUUCUAUGUCAGCCCGUCCGUCGUCAGUGCCCUCGUGCCCAGCCUGGUGGCAGCCAAGCCUGCGGACUGGGAAGGGAGUCCCCUCUUCAACAGCCUGUUCCCGGUUUCCGAUGGUUCCAGCUACUUCGUGCGGCUCUACACGGAGCCGCUGCUGGUGAACCUGCCGACGCCAGACUUCAGCAUGCCCUACAACGUCAUCUGCCUCACGUGCACUGUGGUGGCCGUGUGCUACGGCUCCUUCUACAACCUCCUCACCCGCACCUUCCACAUCGAGGAGCCCAAGAAGGGCGGCCUGGCCAGGAGGCUGGCUAACCUCAUCCGGCGUGUGCGUGGCGUCCCGCCGCUCUGAGACCUGACCUCUGUGCAGCCGGGGCUGCCGUUUCUCUCUGGGAAGGGGUGCUGGUGACCCCCAGAACUAUGUCUGUCACUUGCUCUCCCCGGAGUUGGACCGAACUGCCCCGGGGCCGGGCCAGGGCCAGGGCCAGAGCUGCCCCGUGCAGCACCGUGGCUGCAAGCCAGAUGUGGCGUUUGAGUUCAAGUUCAUUUAAAUUAAGAACUCAUUUCCUCAGCUGUGCCAGCCCUGUUUCCAGUGCUCGGUCACCGGAAGUGAGGCGACUGCCGUGUUGGACAGGACAGUCAGUCGUUUCCGGCGCUGCAGAAAGUCCCACUGAGUGGCACUGGCCCGGUAACGGUCGUGCCAGAGAGCUGCUGUCGUCACUGUGUGGCGGGGGA